AUGACCAUGUCUGUCAGGGCAACCUGCGGCGCGGCGCAACGCGCUCGUGCCUCGAUUCGAACGUCGCGGGCAUGGCGUUCGCGAAGCUACCAUUCAUACGACCACCCAGCGGCGACGGGCCUGUUUGGGGGUGCAGAGGAGGCGAUCCUGUCCGCGGCAUACGGGCACGUUCCCCAACACGGCUUCUCCGCGCGCGCCUUGGGCCUCGGCGCGCGCGAUGCUGGCUACCUCGACAUUAGCCCCAGUGUGCUCCCCGACGGCGCAUUCAACCUGAUACGAUACCACCUUGUCCUGCAGCGACAUAACCUCGCAUCCAGAUCCCAAGAGCUUUUCAAAGGCAAGGAGUCACUCGGAUCUGGAGCUAAGGUCGCUGCCUUGACAUGGGCGCGACUGCUUGGCAACAAGGAUGUCAUUGAGCACUGGCAAGAGGCAUUGGCUGCAAUGGCGCAACCGAGUCACGUUCCUGAAUCCAUAAAGGAACUCGCGCAGCUGUCCGACGAGAUAUUGUUCUUGUCUGGCGACACCACCGUCGACCCCUCCUGGUAUACGAAGCGCGCGACGCUGUCCAUGAUUUACACGACGACGGAGCUAUUCAUGACAAACGACAAGUCGCCCGAGUUCACCGAGACAAACAAAUUUCUUACUCGCAGACUUGAGGAGGUCCAGUCGGUUGGCGGCGCCAUCAGCGCCGUCGGACAGUGGACAGGAUUCACGUUUCAAGCGGCAGUCAACGUCCUGCGAAGCAAGGGCGUAGGCAUCUAA